AUGCGGUCAAUAGCUUUGAUUGUCGCUCCGCUCCUUCUAUCGCUGAUGCUCGUCAUCCAGGCGAGUGCAGCACUCUCGGAGCCCAAGCUGAGCUACGUGCUCAAAUCGGCCAAGCUUGCGCUCUCGACGGUAGAUGGCUCAUCGCGUCUCUCGAAGGAGUUCACUACAUAUCCUGACUACUCGAAGAACACGCCGCCAUUCAGCCUUACCAGCCCGACGCAACUCGAGAACGACGAUGUGAUCAGGCUGACGUUCAGCUUGGGCGUGCAAGAGGCAACGGGAAAGAAGAUCAGCGGCAGCAAGGAGGGAUCUGCGCUUGGAAAGGAACAUGUACCUCACCAGGCUUUCGUCGUACUCGCUUCCGAAUCUGAUGAGGCGGCAUCUCAUGCUUGGCCCAUCGUUGUCAAGCCAAGCACGGGAAAGGCUUCGUGGAACCUGAGAAUGGACAGGAUCCCAGCAUCGCUUCUUCGAGCACCGUCGCCUUUGACUCUCUCGCUACUCAUCGCCAACUUCCCCGCCAACUCGGCCUCGGAAGGCGCAUAUUCGGCGCUCUCAUUGCCCCUGCUCUCACUCACUCCACCCUCGAGCCUGAUCGAUACCGCUAUGGCUGCCGCUUCGUCCUCGCUUUCUCCUCGCCAGAAGGCUGAAACCGAACAGGGCUUCCACGGCCUCCCCGAGCACAAGCACACAUUUGGCAUCCCACCUACCGAGACCAUGCCUAGCACCAAGAUCAGCGGCCUCGCCUCGCUCGUCACCGCCGCUGUUCCAUGGCUCUUCCUGCUGGCUGCACUGGGCAUCAUCAAGCCUGAUGUACAGUCGCCGUCGUCCAAGGCGCUGGUGCUAUUUGCUACGCUCGCGGGUCUGGAAGGUCUGGCCGUGAGGUACUGGAUCGGAUUGACGCUGUUCCAGAUGCUGCCGUUGCUGCUCGGUGCGGGGUUGGUGACAAUUGUGGUGGGAAGGAGCGCACUGGGCGAGCUGCGAAAGAAGCGUCUCGCUGUGUCGACGUAG